AUGGAUGAAGAAGCGCUUGCGUGGAGGACGAUCGGCAUCGUGGAACGUAUGUGUCUGGAGAAAGGUCUUCACCGACGGGAAACAUUGCAACAACCGGCUAUUUUGGCUGAAGGGAAGGAGCGUAUUCUACGAUUAUUUUGGUCCAUAUAUGUGCUGGAUAUGCGCUGGAGUUUCGGGACAGGCAUGCCCUUUGCCUUGGAAGACACAGAUAUUGACCCGUGGCUUCCAGAGCCCGAGGAAAAGACCCCCUACUUGCGGGUGAUGAUCCGGUAUAGUCGCAUUGCGGCGAAGGUGUGGAAGUUCAUAUCAGCUUUCAACAACACGAACGAGAUCAAGAAGGACGAAAUGAACUAUUUAGAUUGGCAGGUCCUACGGUGGGCUGCUGCAAUACCUGAUUCCUUGCGUCUUGAUCAGCCAUUUGAUCAGGCGCAACAGGAUCCACGGAGUAUCCGCCGGCUACGAUCUUUACUUUACCUACGCGCCAAUCAGCUGCGGAUGCUAAUCUAUCGGCCAGUAUUACAUUCAGCGGCUCAUAUAAUGCGUUAUCCAGCAGAAUCGCAAAUAGUCGUUGACCUUGCCAAAGACACCAUCCAGUUCAUCACGAAACUCAACGAAACAUCAGACAUAUAUCGUCUUCAGCAGGUUACAUUCAACUGGUUUCUCGUGUCAGCCCUUGCCGUUAUAUUUCUCGCCGUAUCUCAGACACCCUCCCAAUUCAGCGCUCACUCUAAAGUGGAGUUCUACAUGGCCCUGGAGUUAGUCAAAGGCUUCUCGCCGCGAUCAUAUGUAUCCCGACGACUGUGGAGGUCAAUCAAGGGGCUUCGAAAGCUGGGACCUCAACUUGGGCUGCAAACCCACCACCAGCCCGAAGAGACAGUUCGGCACGUGCUCGAGCCAGCCGCUGGUACUGCAGCAGUAGACUCAAUGGAGCAGGUACCGGCACCCAGUACGCAGAGCCAUACGACACCAGACGGAGCUCAGAUGACACGGGAGCUGAUGGAAUGGUUCGAAGCAGUGGGUAAUAUUGAAGACCAGAUCAUGUCAUUGGGGACAGGUGUGCAGACAUAUGAGGAGCCAUGGCAGUAUGGGGCUCGCAUGGGGAAUGGCUACACGUUUGACUUUGGAGGCGAGUUGUCGAGCCUGAUGAAGGAUUGCUUCUGA